CGUGCUGUCUUGUAAUUCGCGUAUCAACAAAUGUAAAUUUAUUUCAAUAUACGGUAUAAAAUGCUGUAAGUUUCAGAUAUCAUUAUUUUAACCUUAUAGUUAAGUAGGAACAGCAAUGGAUCUACUUUCAUUACUGUCCACGUUGAUCCUUUACGGAAUAAUUGCCGCUAUAACCCUUCUAGUUUUGCUUUCAGUCAUUCUGUACGUUAUAACGAAACCUUAUCCUGAAGUGGAGCGAUUUAAAGAAGAAGAAUAUUACAAUGAUCCUCGAACGAAAAAUAAGCUGAAACUACCCAGUAUAAAGGAUCCUUACGAAGUACAUUUAAGCGUGGUAGUGCCUGCAUAUAAUGAAGAAGAAAGACUGCCCCCUAUGCUAGAUGAGGCUGUGGAAUUCCUAGAAAACAGACUGAAGGUGCUACCUUCAUACAAAUAUGAGAUCCUAGUAGUCAGUGAUGGUAGUAAAGACAACACUGUGAAAGUGGCGGAGUCCUAUGCUGAAAAAUAUGGAACCGAAAAGAUACGGUGCCUUGAGUUGAUUAAGAAUAGAGGCAAAGGAGGUGCUGUCAGAUUGGGUAUCCAAAGCUCCAGAGGAGCAGUAAUACUGUUUGCUGAUGCAGACGGUGCGUCAAAGUUUGAAGACUUGACAAAAUUGGAAGCAGCAUUGACUGAUAUUGUUCACAAUGACCUGAAGACACAGCCGGGGCCUGUAGGUGAUAGCUUGGCUAUUGUGAUCGGCUCAAGAGCUCAUUUGGAGAAGGACUCAUUAGCUACAAGGAGCAUUUUUAGGAAUAUACUUAUGUUUGGUUUCCACUUCCUGGUGUGGCUGUUUACCGUGAAAGGGAUCCGCGACACUCAGUGUGGGUUCAAGUUGUUUACCAGGAAGGCUGCAGACAUUUGUUUUCAGAGCCUCCACGUCAAUAGAUGGGCAUUUGAUGUUGAGUUGCUGUACAUAGCACAAAAGUUAAACAUUCCUAUAGCCGAGAUUCCAGUAAGAUGGACCGAGAUUGAGGGUUCUAAGGUGACUCCGGUACUUUCCUGGAUCCAAAUGGGAUGCGACCUGGGCCUCAUCUGGUUGAAGUACACCAUCGGAGCAUGGAAGAUACGCAGUGAGAAAGUAGAAUAAGCACAAUUUUAUAAUUUCCAAUUAUAUUUUUAUUUAUACUUACAAUUAAAUUGUAUUUUCUUAAACUAAGCAUAAUUAAAAGUUUAAUAAUAA